ACGAUACAUAUUUGUCUUUCGCAAACAUCUAAUUUUCCAAAGCAUAAGUACACGUUCAAAAUGUCCUUCAGUUUGGCAUCUACUCUUCCUGCUUGGCAAGCUCUUCAAAACCAUUACGAGAAUGUUGGUAAACACCUCGUCCUUCGCGAUUUGUUUGAUAAAGACUCUUCCCGUUUCAACAAGUUAUCCCACACUUUCAAUGGAUUAAAGGAAGAGGAUGGUCCUAUUUUCUUUGACUUCUCCAAGAAUCUCAUCACCGAAGAGACAGUUAAGCUUUUGGUUCAACUCGCCAAGGAAGCCAACGUUGAGGGUCUUCGCGACUCCCUCUUUAAUGGUGAUCACAUCAACUUCACCGAAGGCCGUGCCGUUUAUCAUCCUGCCCUUCGCAACUUGUCCGACAAGCCUAUGAAGGUCAAUGGUGAAGAUGUUAUGCCUGGUGUUCGCAGCGUCUUGAAGCACAUGAAGGAGUUCUCUGACGCUAUCCGUAGCGGCACCUGGAAGGGUUAUACCGGCAAGCCCAUCAAGUCUAUUGUCAAUAUUGGUAUUGGUGGUAGUGAUUUAGGCCCUGUUAUGGUUACUGAAGCUUUGAAGCCUUAUGGCAAACAAGACAUGGAGCUUCACUUCGUCUCCAACAUCGACGGCACUCACUUGGCUGAGGCUUUGAACAAAUGUGAUCCCGAAACUACUCUCUUUUUGAUUGCUUCCAAGACUUUCACCACUGCUGAAACUUGCACCAAUGCCCAAUCUGCCAAGGAUUGGUUCCUUUCUCAAGCCAAGGAUCCUGCCCACGUUGCCAAGCAUUUCGCCGCCCUCUCCACUAACGAAAAGGAAGUUACUGCUUUUGGUAUUGACUCUGCUAACAUGUUCGAAUUCAGCGACUGGGUAGGUGGUCGUUACUCUGUCUGGAGUGCCAUUGGUUUGAGUGUUGCUCUAUACAUUGGUUUUGAGAACUUUGAGGCUUUCUUGGGUGGUGCUCAUGCCAUGGACAACUACUUCCGCAGCACUCCUUUGGAGGAGAAUAUUCCCGCCUUGGCCGCUUUGAUUUCCAUCUGGUACUCUGAUUUCUUUGGUGCUCAAACUCAUUUGGUUGCUCCUUACGACCAAUACAUGCACCGUUUCCCUGCUUACUUGCAACAAUUGAGUAUGGAAUCUAACGGUAAGGCCAUUACUCGCUCCGGUGACAUGGUCAACUACACUACUGGCAAGAUCCUUUGGGGUGAGCCCGGUACCAACUCUCAACACUCUUUCUUCCAAUUGGUUCAUCAAGGUACUAAGCUCAUUCCCGCUGAUUUCUUGAUUCCUAUCGAAUCACACAACCCUAUUGACAACAAUAAGCACCACCGCAUGUUGUUUUCUAACUUUGCCGCUCAAACGGAAGCCUUGAUGCUUGGCAAGACUCCUGCUGAAGUUAAGGCUGAGGGUGCUGCUGAUGAAAUUGUUCCCCACAAGACCUUCGUCGGCAACCGCCCUAGCAAUUCCAUUAUUGCCAAGAAGAUCACUCCUGCUUCUUUGGGUGCUCUUAUCUCAUUCUAUGAAUGGGUCACCUUCACCGAAGGUGCUGUUUGGAACAUAAACUCCUUCGACCAAUUCGGUGUCGAACUUGGUAAGAAGCUUGCCAAGAAUGUUUUGUCCCAACUCGACGCUGAAGGCAAGGUUAACGACCACGAUGCCAGUACUAAUGGUCUGAUUAACCUCUUCAAAACUGGAUUUUAAAUGAACUUGUUAAGUUGAUUAAAGUAUAUAGAAAGUGCUUUGUGAAAUAUUGUUUUACGUAUCUUGAUAAUAUGAAUAUGAAGAGUGAAUGAUAUAUACAGUUACUGUUGACUAUA